GCACAUCAAAUAUCGUGCAUUUUUCUGCCCCUCAUGACGACUUCCAGAGAUGCAUAGACCGAUCUGCCGGCCUAGACCCUUGCUGCCCUGCUGCCCGAUUAUUGCCGGGCGUGUUUGAUUUUGAUUUCUUUUUUCCUUUUUGUGUCUUGUUCUUGCCUCUUGCAUUUCGCCAACAUGGCGCUCCCCCUGCCCCCAGGCCUGACAGCGUCCGAGGCCGCGUUCCUGUGCGAGAUGGAGAUGGUGACUGUGGUGCCGCGCCAGCGCCUCGACAGCAUCAACCUGCUUGGCGGCAAAACCCCCACGCUUCGGCCGCCGCACCGUGCCACGCUGCCGCUCUGGCUGGCGCUCCUGCUCAAGAAGCAGCGGCGCGCAAACAUCGUGCCCCCCGCGUGGCUGCACCCAGCGUCGCUCGCCCAGAUCAUCCACCACGAGACGCACACCAACCCGACCCAGUUCAGUCCGCCUCCGCCUCCGCCCUCCCGCUCCGACGGCCGCGGACUUGCCCAUCGCGUCAACAUGGCCGGCUCCACGGUCCUGUCGCCGCCCUUCUUGCCCUCGUGCACCGCCGGGUCGCCCGCCCAGUUCCUGCCCUACCACUGGCUGGAGAUGGCCGAGACCCUGUUCGCCCACGCCCCUGAUGACAUGCCGGCCUCGGUCAACGAGAUCUAUAGCCUGAUCCGCGAUCUAGUCGAGAUCCGCGCCGCCAAGAUGCGCGCCAGUUCUGGCGACGUCGAAAGCUUCGGUGGCAGCGUCGCCAGCCUGCGUGGCGUCGGCAGCGCCGAGCUAGCCGAGAACCGAGCUUUCGUUCUCGGUGUCGCCAACGGCGCCAGGAAGCUAGGUGCCAGCACUGAGGCCACCCGCAGGGAAGAGGAGGAGGCUGGACAGGGAGAUGAGGAGAGCGACGAGGAGAUGGCUCUGUGAGCAACAGCUGCAAGCAACAUCCACUAGAGCCGCCUCAUUCUUGGCGUCAUCCGCCGCCUUGAUACCCCCUCUAAAACUUGGGUCCAAGGAACGUCGACAAGCACAACACUGUCUGUGUUUGACGACUCACUUCCAAUCUCGGCCUCGGGCUGGCCACGCAAUGCACGCGCUGGAUGUGGAAUAAGGAGGCUCAGCUGUAGAGCGGGGUAGACGGCUGACCUUCAGCCGCACUCGGCUCUCGCGUGCCUCGCACAUGACGGUGACUUGUGGUAUCCAUGAAUUCUGGACGAUGAGCUUCCCGUAAUUGCUCUCUGGUCUUCUCUGCUCACUGGAAG